AUGUGCAUUUUCGUAUGGGUUCGCUCAUCGCGUUCGCUUCAAUUCUUUUUGCCGCCGCAAAACAUCAACGAGGCUCGAUGCUAUUUCGACGCUUGCCACUUCUCCGAGUUCCGUCAAGUAUGCGGCGUCGAUAUUCCAGACAAUCGCCUCGAAGCGAUUUUUCAGAAUGCGUCGGAUUCCGAGAAUAAAAAAUGCGCCGUUUCCAAUUUGGUCCUAUCGCUGAUUUUCGCUUUUCUUCAAAACUCUGAUUCGAAGCAGAAUCGCUCCGAGACCAUUGUGGAAAAAUUAAAAGAGCAUUUGGCUGAAAUUCUGAAAGUUCUCUACUUUCUCAAAAUCGGCUCAAUUCUCGGCGGCGAGCGACUCGAUGACGAAUUUCGUGCAAUUCAGACAUACGACUUUCUCGACGUCAUUUUCGAGGGGACGACGAAACGCCCGAGCGGCGGAAUUAUGGUCAGUGUGACGCCGAGCUCGCACCUACUGCAGCCCGCAGCGACGACGUUGUCCGGUUUGGCUUCCAUGAUCAAGCAGAUCCUAAUCACCGACCCUUUUCAUAUCGAUGAAAUGCCAUUCGACAAGAAUAUUCCAGCGAGUCCGAUAUCGAUUCGGAAGACGACCCUUGCGCACAACAGUCGUCGAGUUGUCCAUUUGCACAAUGUCAACAAAUUCGAGCUUUUCCGAAAAGACGAUCUUGCCGAUGUUCACCUUCGAAUUUGCCAUGAUCGACCGAAAGCCUCAUUCUUGUUUGUCCCUUUAAGGUGUGAAAGUGUGAUUCUUGAACACCUGGAGUACUGUAAGUCGGUGCUCCUCGGAGCCGUCCAAGGCCUAGUCGUGGUUCGAUCUUGCUCGAAUCUCCGGAUUACGGUAUCAUGCGAGACACUCUUCCUCAUCGAUUGUGUAUUCAUCGACGUCUACAUCAUGUCGAAGCGCAAGCCGGUGAUCCUGAAUUGCUCGAAUUUGAAUUUCGCGCCAUUCAACACAACGUAUACGGGACAUACCGAAAUACUCGCUCAAAAUGGGCAUAGCUUUGUGGAGAAUUCGAGUCUAAAAGAGCCGAUAAAUCUUGGAAAUUCGAGUUGGCAAUUCAUGGACACUUCAAAAUUCAUGUGGCAACUCAAUCCGUUGCAAACUGAUCAGUCAGAUAUUGAGAUUCUCAUAAACUCGUUGCCUAAAGCCUAUCGCCGCGCGGGUUUCGAGAAUCGACAAGAAGCUUGUCGUCGUCUCGAGAGCAGUCCGUUAAGGAUAUGCGAUGUCGUUUCCAGUCGAGACCUGAUUUAUUUGAAAUCGAAAAUUGAAAAAGAGAAAAACGCGAAGAACAAUUGA